AUGGGCGCUGCCGAAGCUCGUUCAGAAGAGCUUGAAGCACUCCAAGCUAUCUACGGGUCUGAGCUACGCAUCCUAAGCGACGACGACGAACUCCACUUCGAGGUCGACGUCCAUGUGGCGAGUGCAAACCAACCUGCCAACGACGCUCUAGGCGUGCGACUACGCUUUCAUCUACCGCAAGGCUAUCCAAGUGGAGGCUGGCGAGCUCGAGCCCGUGUUGGUGUCUCCGCUGGUCCAGCAUCGACACAGAAAUGGUCGUUAUCGCCGAAUGAUCUGGAGGUACUGCGGAGAAAGAUCCAGAGCCUCUGUGAGGAAGCCGCCAGAGCGCGAACAUCUGUGGGCUACGAGGUGGUAGAGCUCGCGCGAACCUUUCUCCGCGAAUACCUCGAGGCAAGCCAUGAUCUCGGCGAAGCAGGGACCAUUGUUCGUCCACUCCACGAGGCCAUGCUUGAGCGUGAACAGCGACAGUUUGAGGAACAAGAGCGUGCUGAACUGGAACGAACCGCCCAGCAGCGAGAGCGUCUCGAGAGGUUGCAGCAGCAGCGCGAGGAGGCCGAGCGGCUUCAGACGCUGGAGGCUCUCGCUGCCGAAGAGCGACUUGCGCGCAAACUCCAGUACCAGCGGAUGGCGGAGUCAUCGACAGCAGUCGACGAAGACGGGCACUGCACAGCGGAAGGAGGCUCGGGCAUUGCCACGAACGCACACCCCUGGGACGUUCCACCUUCGUGGACGAUUCUGGAAGCGUUGCGGGAAACUCUGCAACAGCAGUCAGAGAGGCGUGUAGCGCGUGAUUUGGAUGAUGUGUCGAUAUGGUCGGGGCACCAAGAUGAUCUCGAUGCAGAACGUAGCGAGCAUUCGGACGGUGAUGCCACCGCACAGCCUGCUGCUGCGUAUGAGAGGGUCUCGAGCGUAGCCGCCUGGGAAGCGGCAUCGUACGGUGUCUCGCAGGGCAUUCGCUCCUCUUGGUUAUCGUUGGGGUCUCUGCGAACGUCAUCAUCAUCGCCGUCGUCCAGUUUAUCCCAUAGUAUGCGUAGUGCGUCUUCGGACGAUAGCAGUAUCGCCGUUGCCGAGUUCCCUCGUGCGCUCAGGAAAGGCAAGCACCCGAGUCAGUCCGCCAGCGUAAGCGGAUCGCCGUCGACCUCGGAGAAUACUGGCAUCUUUGCCGACUGGUGUUGGACCCACUCGAAGCCACACAGGUCAUCGGCAUGCGGUACCUCCACAGACGCAUCAUCGGCGUCAAAGUCGGGCUGCAGUGCCUCUGCAUCGACGAAGACUAGCCCUGCACAGCAGACGCUACCUGGAACCGCUGCUAAAAGCGGUUCUGAAAGAGCGCGACGCAGCCGCCGCCGCCGCAGCCGCCGCCACCACCACCACCACCACGACCGAGUUCCGUCGAGCACAUAUACCGUUCAACAAGAGCACCAACAACAGGUCUUGAAGUGGUUUCUCGAGAGCCUCUGCGCCCAGAUGACACCAGAUGAGGCUGCUGCGGCUUGUGCGCGAUGGCAUCGCAAACUCGGCAUUGUACUGGAGCGCUCGGCAGCGGCGGCAUCAGCGUCAGAAGACUGCGACGAUGAUCGUAUCCAGGGCAUUCCCAGUGCUCCACUAAUGAUCCAACUCAACGAUGAUCGCGACGUGGAUGGUAGCGUCACAAAUCUGCUCUCGUUCGGGGAAGCCUUGACCCGCAAGGCACCUGAUCGGCUAGAGGCGACGGUGAAACGGGUUCUGGGCAGCACUGCCUGGCAUUAUUGUCGCCAGUUUGUCCAUGGAGAGCGGUUUCGCAAGACGUCACAUGGACGUGCACAGCAGUCGUUGCAGUCAGGUCAGGAGAAAGAACGGAAAGCGCCCCUGUCGUUAACGUCGCACACACAUGCACAGCACACGCUACAAUUCGGCCAUGGAGAAGAGCGGCGACAUCGAUCCCUGCUGCAGGGCAAUGUGCCGCCUGCUGGCACUCGAAAACGUACUUCCCGCUUCGAAACAGACUUUGACAUGUUGGAGCUGCUCGGUCGUGGUGGUUUUGGCGCUGUGGUCAAGGUCCGACAGCGACUUGACGGGCGCAUCUACGCUGUCAAGAUCGUGCCGCUGCACCGCAAGGACCUUGAAGAUCCGCGGAUCCUGCGAGAAACCACCACAUUGAGCCGCUUAGCGCACCCACGUUGUGUACGCUACUAUGGGUGCUGGGUGGAGCCUAUCGAUGUGCUGCGGUUCUCAGAGGCCCUUUCGAGUGCUCGCACUGGUGCCCAAGACUCGCAACGCGCCCUUGGUGCUGCGUCUGCAGCGAAUACAUCCGCUGCACAGUACCAAGCACAGCAGCAGCAGCAGCAGCCAUCUUUAUCCUUGGCAUCGCUUGUGUUGCGGGAGCAGCUCUCGUAUUCGAUGCCUUCCAGCGAUACAACUGGAGCAACGUCCGCUGGCCCCGAGUCAUCGAGUGCCAUCGUCGCUUUUCUCUUCAUUCAGAUGGAGUACUGUCCACGCACACUGCGCGCUUUUAUCGAUCAAGACUUGGACGCUGGUACCGAUCUGUGGCAAGUCUUUCGACAGAUUGUCGAAGGUGUUGAGUACCUGCAUUCGCUGAUGCUCAUCCAUCGGGACUUGAAGCCAACCAAUAUUUUCGUUGGCGGGCCUCGUGUCUCGUCGUCUCCUUCUCAAGGUACGCUUGGUGAUCGUUUGUCGCACACCUGGACGGAGACCGAGUCCAUUUCGAUCAAAAUAGGAGACUUUGGGCUGGCGACCACGCUGAGUGUGGCGUCUCUCCGACGUGCCCCGGGCGCUGCCGAAGCGACGAAUGCACGCGGAACUGCUGAUGCUGCUAGUGCUGAUGGUGCUGGUGAAACAAGUGCUGCCCUGGAGCUGACGCGCUCAGUUGGAACCGCCUUCUAUCGAGCACCCGAAUUAUCCAUGAGGCCAGCGAGCAACGAGCAGGAUACCGAGCAGCCGAUAUCGUCAUCGCCCACCUACGACACCAAAGUCGAUAUCUACGCGCUCGGCGUCAUCUUGUUCGAACUCUUCUACGGUCCCAUGCAGCGUACUGCUGCCACAGCCGCUCCUGGAUGCAAGACCAGUGGAGAUGGCUCCAGCUCCGUAACCGAACACGAACGUUUUGUGAUACUGACGAAUUUGCGCGAAAGGCUGCAAGUACCUGCAGCGUUCGCGGAAAAGCUCCCGCGUCAAACCCGCUUGAUCCGCCUCCUGAUGGCAAAGAACCCCGACGAACGCCCCAGUGCAAAGCAGUUGUUGAAGAUGCUUCCGGUGAAAGUCGAACACGAGUACUGGUCCGAGCUGCUACAGGCAGUUGCAGAUCCAGUGUCCACUGUGGACCGGCGACUCCGAACACGCGUCAUUGGGGCGCUUUUCGAGGGCGCCUUGCGUGGAGCGGCACCACUUGUGCGGAAGCGCGACAUCCACCAGGCGCCGGGUGAAUCCUCACAUGCGUCGUCUGGUGCAGCGCAUGGUAUCGUCCACAGCUGCCUCGAGGCAUCACCUGUAGCCUGGAACUGCCUCCACCAGGCUGUUGCCGUACUGCAGCGUCAUCAGAGUGUUGCGUUCGUGCUCCAGCACCAUGUGGACGCUUCUGUACUGGAUUCGCGCAUCGCAAACGGACUGCGUCGAGUGAACACCACGGAAGCGCACCGGACUCGCCACCAGCUGGGUAGCAACGGUACCGGUGGCGUCGAGAGUGCACAACGCCUUGUCAGAGCGGGUACCGAAGGUGUGGCGGGGUAUUCGCAGGCCGCAGCAGCAGGUCGUCGAGCCGCCACGCCGGUGUUAUUGCCCACUGGCGAAUACGUUUGGUUGCCUGCGGAACGAUUUCAUGACUUUCUGGAGCAGUGGAUGUCAUCCAGUGCAGCUGUGGAAGCGUUGACGCGAGCCAGCAUUGCACCUCCCUUGCGCUUCCAUCGAGUCGCCACGGUCUGGGGCUGGCGUUCACUGGAUGCCCCCAGGAGCUUUGACGACCCGCUGGCGGGUUGUGCAUACCUUGAGGCGCUUUUCGAGGCGCCUGGGCUCAGCAAAAGCGCUCCUGCAAACAUCCGCAGCGGUGAGCGUCUCGUCCAGCGCCGUUCGGGUGCAAUGUCUGCAGCGGCAAGCGUUCAUGUGUCGUCGUCGUCGUCGUCGUCGUCGUUGGCAUGCCGAGUGCGCUCGAACGAGAGCUCGAUGCAGGCUUCGCGCUCCUCUUCGAUGGGUACCGUCGCUAGCGACGAGCAGCUGCAUGGCGCUGCGAGCGCUCUAUGGUGGCACUCUACCUCAGCCGAGCGGCACGAGCUUUUCGCGACGACCCUGCUUGAGUUCGAUGAGCUGCAGUUGAAGUUACGGCGGCGGCGGUGGCGGCGACGACGACGACAACGACAACGACGAGGUCAAGAGACAACCAGCGCACUGCUCCUCGUCGAUGCUGAGCUUCUCUUCAUGGCGACGAGUUUGCUCUGGCCCUAUUGUCCGUCUACAGGUCCAAUGAAACUGGUUUCGACAGCGGAACAGCGAACGAGUGGUACGAGCACGUCGACUGGACGUCGCGGGAGCAAAGCGCGUCAGCGGCAGAACCGCCGCGGCACACAUUCAGCUUCCACUGGUGCUGCUUCUGCUUCUGCUUCUGCUGCUUCUGGUAGUGCGUCCGUGUCGACAACGAGUGUUGAAAAGGUGCUCAUCCGCAUCGGACAUACGGGUCUGACGCGGGCACUCACCCGAGCGCUGCUCACAGGAAGUUCCAGCAGCAGCAGCAGCAGCAGCAGCUGCAGCAAUAGCAAUGUGUAUCGUGCGCUGGAGUAUGAGGACGUCGGCGACCAGGCUGGAGCGCUUGCGCAGUUACGUGCCGCACUGCACCAGCACUUGCGACUGGGGUGGAACGGACUCUUACGGCUGUUGGCGACGGCAACGGAGCAUCCGUGGAACAAGCCCAGUGCCCAAACUGCUCGUCGACAUGCGGAGCAGUUGGUGCAUGCUUGCCAGCAACUUGCACCGCUGUCGAUGCUCCAGCAGUUGGCCACGAGCACGGCGGUGCUGGUUACCGGAGGUCAAGCGGCUUUCGUGCAGGCCGCCCUGGUUCAACUCGAACGCGUCCUCUGCCAGUGGGCGCUGCUGCUGGACCACGGCGAAUGGUUAGCGCCUUUUGGGGUGUCUUUGGAAGCAGCAGCAACAACAACAACAACAACAGCAACAGCAACAGUAGUAGUAGCGAGAGACGCAGCCGAUACCCCAGGCAUGUCGAAGGCGCCCGUCGCGCAGCCGUGGCCGCCCCAGGGACCUGUGCGGGUACUGGUGGACCCAUUUCUGUGGCCUGUUGGGGCAGCGAGUCUCGAGCGGUUUACAAGCUCGGAUCAGGUGUGCUUUGAGGCGUCUUUAAUCACCACUGGAGAGACGGGCACGCGGCAUGUACGUCCAGUGCUCUGGGGCGGUCACUGGCAACGCGGCUUUCGGGCGCCACAACCGGCACCCGCUUCUGCAGCCACUAAAGCAUCCAAGGGGCUCUCGAUGCCGGCACCACUGACGCUACCCGAGUUAUACGGCUGUGGUUUCGUUGUGGAUUUGAGUUUGCUGGCUGCCGUGGCCACGAUGGGCCUGACGUCUUCGCUGGACUUGUCGAGCCGCUUGCUCGCCUCGGUGUACGUCGGGAUGCUGCGCGAGUCCACAGCGACGACAGUCGCACGCGCAGCAUCCGCCAGUGUGAUGUAUCUGGUGCUCCUGGGGCAUCUCUGGCGUCAAGGCUGGUGCUGUAUCCCCGACGACAACGAUGACGACGACGACAAUCAUGGUGAUGAGGUUGAUGAUAACAAUGUCGGUGAUGAAGACGAUCAUCAUGAUGACGAUGAUGACGAUGACGAGCACAGCGGCAACGACACCCAUGGUCUAGCGGGGCGAAGCCUUCACGAACACCUCCAGCGAGCAGGAGCGCGCUCAUGUCGUUUUCUGGUGCUCAUACGCGCUCACGAUGCGUCUGUACUCGUACGGGAAUGUUUGGUUGCCACCAGCGGCGCCGAAGGCGACUCACUUUCGGGUACAGGGCGCCUCGAGAAAGCACGGCAGGUUUGGUUUCCCCUGGAGCAAGCUGGGCAGUAUACAAACGUGGCGCAACGGGUAGCGCAGACGUUACACGACUUGCUACAGCGCCAGGAUCGUUAA